AUGCCGCCAAAAGUCAAAACACCCAAAGUCAAGGUUGAGAAACCGUUCCAAUAUGAGCGAAAUCUCAAUAAUAAAUUCAAAUUUGGUGCCCAUGUUGGUAUGUCAGGAGGUAUUUACAAAGCAAUCACGAAUUCCAUGAAUAUAGGUGGUAAUUCAUUUGCUUUGUUUUUGAAAUCACCUCGUAAAUGGGUAUCACCAGCUUUGAAGCCAGAAGAUAUUGCAAAAUUUGCUGAAUUAUGCAAACUACACAAGUAUAACCCUAGAACUGAUAUAUUGCCUCAUGGUUCUUAUUUUAUCAAUUUGGCUAACCCUGAUCCUGAAAAGGAAGCCAAGGCUUACGACUCAUUUCUUGAUGACUUGAAAAGAUGUGAACAAUUAAAUAUUGGACUCUACAACUUUCAUCCUGGUUCAAGUUUAGAUGGUGAUCGAAAGCAAGCGUUGAAACAAUUGGCUAAUAAUAUAAAUAAAGCUAUUAAAGAUACUGAAUUUGUUAAAAUUGUCAUUGAGAAUAUGGCUGGCCAUGGGAACCUCAUUGGAUCUGAUUUGAAGGAUAUACGUGAAGUGAUUGAUAUGGUUGAUGAUAAAUCACGUGUUGGUGUUUGCUUAGACACGUGCCACUCAUUUGCUGCCGGGUACGACAUUACUGAUGAGGAGAAAUGGAAUGGCUUCCUCAAACAAUUUGAUGAAAUCAUUGGAGCUGAGUAUCUUUCUGCUAUACAUUUAAAUGAUUCAAAAGCUCCAUUGGGAGCCAAUCGUGAUUUACACCAAAAGUUGGGUCAAGGUUUUCUUGGAUUAGAGGUGUUUCGAGCCAUUGCCAACUGCGACAGAUUGCAAGGUAUACCUAUAGUGUUGGAGACACCCGUUGGUGAUAAUGACGAAAUCUAUGGAGAAGAGAUUAAAUUGCUCGAAUGGCUUGAAGGUAAGUCAAAAGAUGAUGCUGAAUUCAUUACAAAGAGAGAUGAGUUAUGGGAAUUAGGUAAAAAGGAAAGAGACGAGCAAAUGAAAAAGUUUGAAGUCAAGUCCAAAAAGAGGACGAAAGAGGAGGAAAAGAGUGCUGAUAUUACAAAGAUUAUCAAGAAGAGGAAACUGGCUGCAAAAUAG